AUGGACAGUGAUCUCGACACAACCUGCGACGUGGCAGAAAUGACGGAGGCCGUCAUGCAGCAUUUUGGUAAUGUGGACGUAGGUCAUGUGAAAGUUAAUUUGACGAAAAAAACCUUCAGGGGUAACCUGAGGGCCUACGUGGAGCUUAGAGAGGAGUUGGCGGAACAACUCGCUCGUACAGGGCAUCUAAAAGUUCGUUGGAUGUCCUGUAGAGUCAGAAAGAAGACGGUGGUCACACGAUGCUUUCGCUGCCAAGGCUUGGGCCACGUGGCAGCAAGGUGUGAGGGUCCGCACCAGACCAAGCUGUGUCGGACGUGCGGCUCAGAGGGACACAAGUCUGAGGAAUGCGUGAGUAUUGCGCAGUGUUUCCUCUGCACUGCGCAUAUUGAGAGACCCCGGACUAAUUAUCGACCGGGGACAACGAGGUGUAUGUCUUUCAGGGAGGCCACCCUAACACGGAAGCCUCCAGAUGGACCACAUUGA